UAUAAACAGGACGUUUGUAUUUCUCGAGUUGUAAGCCAAUCACAGUACAACGAACCAUGUUUCAUUACAAACAUUGGCUGGGUGAAGGAGUUCCAAGCGGUUCCAGGUCGUCUUUUCAUUUUACCGAUUGACAUUAAAGAGGUGGAUGAUGCUGGUGAUGCAGUUGCUGAGGGGUACAGUGAAGCAUGCUGGGAGCAGUCCCCAGUGCAGUGCUAAGCGAUUAAGCUCAGCAGUACGUGGGAUCAGUUCAUCCUUACAACAGUCCUGCACUGAUACUGACCACCCCAAAGUCCUCAUCACUGGAGGGCUUGGACAGCUAGGGGUGGGGUUCGCCAAGUUGCUGAGGAGACAAUUUGGAAAAAACAACGUGAUCCUGUCUGACAUCAGGAAACCUCCCAACCAUGUCUACCAUAAUGGUCCAUUCAUCUUCUCAGACAUCCUGGACUUUAAGAACCUCCGGGAGAUUGUGGUGAACAACAACAUCAGCUGGCUAGUUCACUAUUCAGCUGUGCUGUCCUCUGUGGGAGAGAACAACGUCGCUCUGGCCAAAGAGGUCAACAUCACGGGUCUCCAUAACAUAUUAGACAUAGCAACCGAACAUGGUCUGCGUGUGUUUGUCCCCAGCACGAUGGAGGCCUUCGGUCCAUCCUCACCCGGUGACCCCACCCCUGAACUGUGUGUGCAGAGACCACGCACCAUCUACGGUGUCUCCAAGGUCCACGCAGAGCUGAUGGGUGAGUACUACCACCACAGGUUUGGGCUGGAUUUCCGCUGUCUCAGGUAUCCAGGCAUCAUUUCCGCUGACUGCCAGCCUGGAGGAGGAAGCACAGAUUAUGCUGUCCAGAUCUUCCAUGCAGCUGUAAAAACGGGUUGUUUUGAGUGUAACCUGCGCAGUGACACGCAGCUUCCUAUGAUGUACAUUGAUGACUGUCUCAGGGCUACUUUAGAGUUAUUGGAGGCUCCGGCAGACACACUGGUCAGCCGCACCUACAAUAUCAACGCUAUGAACUUUACACUGCAUCACCUCAUCCAGGAGAUACAGAAAGUCCUGCCGGACCUUAAAGUCACCUACAAUGUGGAUCCUGUCCGGCAGGCUAUAGCCGACGGCUGGCCAAUGGCAUUAGAGGACAGCGCAGCGAGGCGGGACUGGGGCUGGAAGCACGAGUACGGCCUCUCCCAGUUGGUGCAGACCAUGCUGACUCACAUCACUACGGGCAACCAGCUGGCACAAGCCUACUGAGCCUUUUGUAGCAACUCCAUACAAAGCGUAAUUUGAAAGUAUGUGACACUGAGGUUUUAAGAGAAACCUUUAGUACUUACACUUUAAAAAAAGUUGUCUUUACAAAAAUCUCAAGAUCCUAAAUUAUGUUCACACUUGGCGUCUUUUUUUAAGCUGCCAGCGUCUGUUUUACAUUUUAAUCCUAUGGAGUAAACCGUGUUUUCAAAAAAGUCCUGAGCACUUUUUUAAACCCCACCGCAGACUUUUUUUCUGCAGCUCAGGGCUCCUCAUCCUUUCCAUCUCAUCUCUCUUUUUCCUCUCUGUUCUACUCCAUCCAUUCAGCUUUUAGUGCAAAACUAAUCUGAUGCAAGAGCAUGCUGGAUACUAUCACUAAGUUACUGAACUUUUAAGGAGUUGAGUUCUCUCUCUGAAUGUAUUUUAUGUAUGUAUUUAUGUGUCAUGUUGUAUCUGUAAGUAUGCAGGUGACUUUUGCUAGCUUACUAAAUGUGCAUAUGUCAUCUGUAGCAGCUAAAUGCUUGCCUUAAAACCAGAAAACCAGUUGGCUUUAAAUAAGAGCUGCACUCCAACUGGUCACCAAUAUGUACUGUAACCAUAAACACUGAAAGACUUUACCUUGGGUACUGUUACUAUAGAAACUGAUAAUUCUAGCUAGUGGUACUGUAGUUAACAGGUGCUUUAACCGUAAUUGCCUAGCAGGGCUGUAGGCUUAAAAAUAAGUGUUUGAGUUAAAGAAGAAUUGUUUUUAAAAAGGUACUUCACCUUUACACUAGGUGCUUUAAAUAUUUUUAAUUUAAUGUAUUUAAAUUAUUUUCAUUGCUUUCUGUUUUGGAGCUGCAGACUCUGUGCUCAAUAUAUAUAUGAAUGUUGAAUCAGUGAAUGCAUUAGCAGUCAUUUUCAUGUAUUGAGGGAAAUAGAGCUCCUCAGUUGUGCAGCUGUACUUUAAUGUCUUAAAUCUGUGAAUGAAAUGCAUAGAAUGAAAGGGAGUGGGCAUCAGAGCUCAAAUCGUUUUUGUUUCUUUAAUAUGGAUGUUAUUUAUAAUGCUAUUCUUUGCAGCUUUUUCUGUCAAAUCAAAAGGACGACUUUUUUCUUUUAAUAAAUAUUUGAAUGAAA